GCCUUUGGAAAACAAGAACAGGCUCCACGGAUAUUCAUGAGGAUUUAAAAACACAGUCAGUAUGUGUCAUCGACUCAAUGAUGUCAUGAGGCUGUGUUGUGAGUUAUCUGCCAAUCAGCAGAUCCAGGGCCUGGCCUUCGCCGGGGGGCUGGUCGGGGGUCCUCUGGGUAUUGCAGUAGGCGGCGCCGUCGGAGGCCUGCUGGGCUGCUGGCUGACCAGUGGACAGUUCAAACCGCUGCCUCAGAUCCUCAUGGAGCUCAGUCCUCAGCAGCAGCAGAAGCUUUACGAGGACCUCAUGGUCGUGCUGGGAGACAUUCAGUGGACAGAUGUGGUGCAGCUCUCCGCUCUGGUGAUGGGCAACGCCGCCCUGAAGCAGCAGCUGACGGCCGCCCUGCUGGGAUACGUUACCAAGGAGCUCCAGGCCGAGGUGCACUACGUGGAUUAGUGUCUGUGGAACACACUGGGCAACAUGAGUCGGAGGCCUCAGUUCUCAAGAGGAUGAAGUCUGGAAAAAUAAUGUGAACUGUUUUUAUGAAGCUGGAGAAACAUUUAAAUUGAAUGUGAAAUCAGAGUCCUGGUAACACUGGUUAAAAAACAGGUUAGCACAUUAUACCCUUGUGUUUUCUCCCCCCCCCUUUUCUUGUUUGUUUGUAAGUUUAGUGGUUUGUCAGCAGGAUCACACAAAACUACCCAAUGGAUUCCUCUCAAACUUGGUGAAAGGACAAGAACCCAUUACAUUUUAGCACAGUUCCGAACAAAUGGGCAGAUAAAUAUUUUUUCUUCUUCUUUGACCCUUUCACCAAUUUCCAUAGGAAUAAUUUAUCGGUCUUGAUUCUUUUUUUAAAUCGGGCACAUUUAGUUAACUGAUAUUUAUGACUGUGUGCCAUUUUGUGCAGCUCGAUUGGUUUUAAUGGGACUGUUGGGCCUUCGUGUUGGUAUAUGUGCUCUACUGAGUGGGAUUCUGGUUAUAUAUUAAAACUGUUGUUUACGAGGGUAAACAUACUGAGGGAAGAUCACUUAUCAGUUGCAGGAGUCUUUAAUUCAUUAAGCGUGUAAUGGUUCUGAUGUUAAAAGUUACUCUGAUUUAAGGUUUGACUGCAGCUACACUGAAGCACUGUUCUCAGAAAAUACAGGUACAGCCCACUGUCGUAUUUAAAUGCAGAUGAUCAUGUACAAAGUGACUGUACAGUGAGAAAUAUUUUUUAUUUGAUGUGCAUUAAUCAAGUACAAGUGAAUAUUUAUUUUUUACUUUGUGUACAGUAUAUUAUAUUGCCAUCACAUCAAGUCAAAUAAUGAAAUGCUUUCAUCAAUAAAAGCAAAGAAAAAAUUGAA